UCCAGUUGUAGGAGUUAAAAUAGCAGAGAAGUUGCCGGGAGGGUCUUAUCAUGUUGUCAAAAUAUCAUUGAUAAAAUAACAGUGAUUUUUAGAUCAGAAUGGGAAUUAUUCUAUUCCUAGUGGAUACUAGUGCUUCCAUGAACCAAAAGACCUACUUGGGCACCUCAUACUUGGACGUAGCAAAGGGAGCCAUAGACACGUUCAUGAAGUAUCGGGCUAGAGAUCCUGCAAGCGCUGGAGAUCACUACAUGCUCGUGUCCUUCGAUGACCCGCCUACUGCCGUCAAGGUUGGAUGGGAGAAGGGUACAUUUGUUACAGAGCUUAAGAACCUACAGGCAUUGGGUCUAUCAGUAUUUAGCCAAAGCCUCAAAGAAUCACUUGAUCUAUUAAACAUUAAUAGACUCCACACUGGUAUCGACCAUUAUGGACAGGGAAGAAACCCAUUCUUCCUUGAACCAGCUGUCAUCAUAGCCCUCACUGAUGGAGGACAGUUCAAUAAACCCUCAGGAGAGAUAGACCAAGAGCUCAUCUUACCAAGAAAUGGAACAUCAGAAGGCAGCGAGUUGACAAAGGAGCCGUUCCGUUGGGAUCAGCGUAUAUUCGUCGUAUUGCUACAAAUGUCUGGUUUGAACGGUGUCGCUGGGGGCAACGAGGGGGAGGAGGAGGAAGGAGAGGGCGUGGCUUUGCCUGCUAGUCGGUACCUUUCGACUCUUUGUGAGAACACUGGAGGCAGGUGCUAUAUUGGCUCUAACGCUAAGACUCUUUCCCAGUCCAUGGAGUCGAUAUCACAGAAGCUUCAUCAUGGAGUAGUGCUAAACUUUAGGAAGAUAGGGAGCGAGCAAGAUGGAGUAGGAGAAGAGAUGACACCAACUACCAGAGACAACAGAGGAAAAUCACACGAGGGAAGCCUUCCUCCAGACAGCAACAAACUUAAAAACGGUGAGAGCAAGAAAGAGGAAGAGGAGAGAGAAGUGUCUCCUCCAUCAAGAGCUAACGCAUGGCACAAUACAAGAAAGAUGAUAUAUGUACGUCCAAACCCAAAGACUAAUAUACCUAGCGGGCACUGGCCGAUACCGGAAUCAUUCUGGCCUGAUCCUUCAUCGUCUCUACUAGUCCCGCGCAAUGUCCAUCCCAUAGUGUGGUUCAGCGCUACUAGCACUAAACCUAAACUCUUGGAGAGUUUUGCAUUUGAUAAGUAUGAGCUAGAGCCGUCACCUCUGACACAGCAUAUACUGGAGAAAAGAGAUCCUAACUUGUGCUGGCAGGUGUUUAUCAGUGAUUGUGGUAAGGAGAAAGGAAUCUCGUCACCGUUUGGCUACCUCAAGACCAGCAGUACUGGAAACUUUGUCAACCUUUUUGUGAUGCCAUUUAAUUAUCCUAAACUCCUCCCACUCAUUGAGGAAUUGCAGCGUCUGCAGCUAAGGCCAACGUCAAAAUGGCGUUCGGAAUUUGCGGAAUAUAUCAGCACUGUCCCAAACUAUUAUGCUCAGCCUCUUCGUAAAGCACUGCAGCUAAUGGGAGCUCAUCCUAGUCUAGUACCUGAUUCAUUUGAUGGACAAAUGAGCUACUCUAUAACUAACUAUCUUAAGAAGCUAAAGAAACAAGCCAAGACUUCAAUACUAGCAAAACUAAAUGCUCAAGCUAAUCGUAGCAGCAACAACACAGCCACAGAUAGCAAAAGGAGAGUUGAUCUGGGAGAUGGCAGUAGCAUAGCCAUUGGCUCUACUGAUGAAGAACUAGGACUAUCAGCAAUAUCAAGCCAAAGUUAUCGUAAUCCUUUCAACGUCCCAAGGAGAUCCUUACUGAGCCAGGUAGCAAGGAUGAGAGCUAACUUCCUCUUCUCUUCAGCCAACACUCCUCACCUCAUUGAAGAAGUGUCAAGGCACCAGGUCCCUAUAGGUCAGAUGGGAAAUUACCAGAAACACCUCAAGAGGAUAAACCCAUUGCGUGAGCUGGACACUGGAGCCGUUAGGACGCAGCUGUUUGGAAACCCGUUCAAACUUGAAAAACCAUCAGAUAAGGGUAAUGUAGCAGAUGAGAUAAUGGUAGAGCAGUUGAACAAGAGGCCAGGAGGAGGAGGAGGUGCUUCUUCUCAUCGCUCCUCUCGUAGGCAAAGACCUCGCUCCCCCUCUCCAAUGCCUCCUCCCCCUCAGACUCCGCCCGUUGAAAACGAGAAAUAUAAAAAUCACAAACCAACUCAAUCUAAUGAAGUAAGGAAUAAUGGUGGUGGACUCAAUGCCACGCCCUCUGCUGCCGUGACGACUGACGUAGAAGUGAUUGAGAUUGAUUCCUCGUCGAUGAUGAACGAAUCAAACGAAGAGGCUAUGGAUCUAGCUGAUGCGCUCCCACCUGCCACUGGGUCCGAUAAAGACCCAAUAUCACCAGACCCCCGACCAUUGCCAGUCCCUUCAAUACAGGUUGAGUCUAACUCAGUCAAUGAUAAGAAAGGAGAGCUUAUGUUGAAUAGCGAGACUUUAAAAGAUUCCUUACUACCUGUAAAUAGAAAGAGGACUCCUUCCCCUACCUCUAUCACUCACCUCCCUCCGUCUAAAAAGUUUCAAAGAGACCCAUCACAGCUCUCCUCUUCUCUUAAGCCUGCUAAUAGCAUAGACUCCAUUGGUAAAUCAAAUACCGGCAAGUCUCCUUCUCCCUCUCCUCUCACUGUACCACUCGCUGCUCCUCCUACUAUAAGACCGAGUGGUCUCCUCUCGUCGGCGUCUCAGGUACUCAAUGAAGAGUUUAAGAAAAAGCAAAUGACGGAGAACCUCAAGAUAAAGCAACUCAUAACAAAGGAGAUACGAAAACACAGCAAAAAUUAUGAUCCAAUUUUCCAGCACCUUGACACAAUACAAGGUACAGCAGAUACAAAGAGAGCUUUUGUUCAAGACGUCAUUAAAGAAGCAGAGAGAUUCCGUAAGAAACAGCUAGUUGCUCUCCUCCACGACUGGACCCUGGGGCUGCCUAAAGCAAGCACCAGUAGCAACAAUUCAAAAAUAAAGUCAUCUAGUACAGGAAGAUAGGACUCAUAUUAACAAUGAUUUUCAUCUCUUUCUCUCUCAUAGUACAUAAUGUUUUAAAAUAUUUCUGCUCUCCCCAUCACUUUAUCUUUUAAUUUUCUUCAUCGAGAGCAUAAUUAAUAAUUAACUGUAGUAGUAUAAUAAUACAGUUAAGUAUUAUUCUGUAAAAUAUAAAGAUAUUUUAAUAAAAGACAUUGCUAUUGUUUAAUAAUAA